UUGCCUGCAACUUUGUCCUUCCCUCACAACCACAUUAUCCGUCAACCGACCUCCAAAGCCGGUACCGCGACUGCGAUUCACCUCAAAUCAUCCGCGUUGUUUGCACUGGACGGUUGGUCCGACGAUGUGACGUGGGCUGUGGGACGCGAUUUCGCCAUUCGCAACGUCGUCAUUCUCAUAUCAGCAAAGCGCCAACCUCAACGAGAUGACGAGCGGUGCCAUCUCCAAAUGAUGAUGGGCAUCCUCGAUCUCCUCUUGCGGCGCGCUCCUGCAUCCUUUCCCGCAACUUGGGCGUUUCUACCGCUUCGAAACCUCGGGAACCAUCAGACCAAGCAUCCCACCAUCAUUUGUCGCACCCCCAUGCCGCAUUGGUGUCGUUUCGGAUUGAUCUUCCCCACGAGGAGCGCAGUCUUGGGUCGCAUUUCAGACGCGCGUGCACAAUCGGCGCAUCGCAAGUGUGAGGCGGUUACGCACAAUGUGUUACUUUUCGAAUAUCGGAAAACGUCUCGCAGAGCGCGACAAAAAUCUGCUAACCAACCUGCCAGCUUUCGUGAUAUCCGUCCCUUUUGGACACAGGCAUUAGUGUGUACAGCAAUGGGCUUCUCUCUGUGCCAUUCUUGCUGA